AUGGUACUCUCCAACGACCUCGCUGCCCUGGUAGGCUUCGCGUCUGAAGCCGUUCUCUGGGGGAUCUAUUCCGUUCUUUUCACCGCGUCUCUCGUUUUGCUUAUCCGCCGCGUCCCAACUCGCGGCUUAAACACUCCCAUUCUCGUCCUCGGCUGUGUUCUUUUCGCGUCUUGCACCUCCCACUUCGCGCUUGAGUUCUACCAUUUUGUGACCACUCUCCGCGACACCGGCGCCGAGGGCUACGCAGACGAGACGAAGCAGCUCGUCGGUGCCGACAUCCUGAUUUCCCUCAGCGAUCUUCUUGGGGAUUUUGUGUUGCUCUACCGUUGCUGGAUUAUCUGGGGCAGGAAUUAUUGGGUGAUCAUCUUUCCCUUCCUCACCGCCGUCGCUGGAUUCUCAUGCAUCAUGGAACUCGUCCACCUCGUCGUCACGCUCAACCCGGACGCGCCCAUCGCGCCCGCGGCGCUCGUCCCGCUCGGGCUCGCGGGGUACGCGCUCCCGCUCGCGACGAACGUGUGCACGACCGCGCUCAUCGUCGCGCGCCUCUGGCACACCGCGCGCGCGGCGGACGAGCGCUGCCGCGGGCGCCUCGCGGGCACGGCGCGCGCCGCGCAGCACGCGGUCGCGAUCAUCGUCGAGAGCGGCCUGCUCUACCUCGUCGCGCAGCUCGUGCUCGUCGUGCUGUUUGCGCUCGAGCAUCCUGCGCAGGCCGUUGUUGCGGUUAUGGCCGUGCAGAUAUACGGCAUUGCGCCGACGCUGAUCGUCAUCCGCGUCGCACUGGGCAUCUCGAGCGACUUCACGACGCGCGACGCGCCGGCGACGGCCGUCCCGGCGCUCACGCAGGUCAGCUGGGAGUCGCCCGCGUCGCGGGAGUACACGCGCCCGUCGAAUCUGCCCGGCUCGCACUCGUUUGUCGCGACCGAGGAGAGCGGGCCGACGCUUGGGGCGGACCCGGAGUAUCUGGAGAUGAAGGCGUUCGACGAUGACUUCGAGCAGCACGACCUCGCGGUUGCGGUAUGA